AUGAUUGGUUCAAGACUUAUGCUUGCAUGUCAAGGAUGUGCUCUUCGAGGGCAUGAUGAAUCUCUUGAUUCAGCAAAUUGUGGAAACUUUAUUGAAUUGCUCAAGUAUAGUGCAACUCUUAAUGCGCAAGAUGCAGAGGUUAUCUUAGAAAAUGCUCUCGGGAAUGCCAGUUAUACUUCACCGAUAGUUCAAAAUCAGAUUAUGAAAAUUAUGGGUGACUUGGUGAGGAAAAAGAUUUGUGAAGAAAUUGGUGACUUUAAGUUUUGUAUUUUAGUUGAUGAAUCUCGAGAUGAAUCCAAUUGUGAGCAAAUGGCUAUUGUGUUAAGAUUUGUUGAUGCAGAUGGUUUUAUUAGAGAGAGGUUUUUUGAUGUAAUAGGGGUUGAAGACACUACCGCACAAACUCUCAAAAAGAUGUGUUCACUUUAUGAUCGUAAUGGAUUGCUUGUACAGAAUAUAAGAGGACAAGAUUAUGAUGGGGCUAGCAAUAUGCGAGUUGCAACAUCAGGCGAAUUAUCUGGCAUUGAGUUAUUCUUUCAAAUGUUGAAUUGCAUUGUGAAUUUGGUUCGUGUUUCCCCUAAACGGAAUCAACAACUAAGAGCUGCACAAAUGGAAGAAGUUAAAAAUUUGAUGGAAAGAGGUGAAUUACAAACAAGUACUGGAGGUAAUCAGCAGGCUACUUUGAGACAACCUACUUCUACCCGUUGGGGCUCACACUAUUCUUCUGCUUGUAGUUUGCUUGGUUUGUAUAAACCCGUGUGGAAAGUUCUUGGUAUUAUAAAGGCAAAUGGGUUGAAUAGAAAAAUCCGUGCAGAAGCUAGUGGUGGGUUUACUACAAUUGGUUCAUUUGACUUUGUUUUUAACUUACAUUUAAUGGUUGAAAUAAUGAGAGUAACAGAAGUACUUUGUCAAUCGCUGCAAAGAAAAGAUCAAGAUAUUUUAACUGUUAUGGAUUCUAUCUCUAUCACAAAAACUCUUCUCUGUGAGUUGAAAAAUGAUCACAAAUGGCAAAAUUUUCUAUAG